ACAUCUAGAGCCAUCUAUCUGCAUUGCUCCAUCAUACAGUUGACAAGUCUAAUGGCGAUACAUGAAUAAUUGGAUAUGGGAAUAAUGUGUUGUACAAUAAGCUUCCACAAACAGUGAAAUUUAAGAACAGUCCAGUGAAUAAAAUACGUGAAAUGCAGAGCUUCGGGCCGCGCGUUGUAACGAUUUACAAAACGGAAACCGGAUUCGGUUUUAAUGUACGUGGUCAAGUGUCGGAAGGUGGACAAUUGCGAAGCAUAAACGGAGAAUUGUAUGCACCACUUCAACAUGUUAGUGCUGUUUUAGAUAAUGGCGCUGCGGAAAAGGCUGGAAUCAAGAAAGGGGACCGAAUACUCGAAGUAAACAAUAUAAAUGUCGAAGGGUCCACACACAAGCAAGUAGUUGACCUAAUCAAAUCUGGAGGAGACUGUCUCACAUUAACCGUAAUCUCAGUAACACAGCAGGAGGCCGAGAAGCUCGAACCUCAGGAAGAUGGUGCAUAUUCAUACAUUGACUAUUCGGAAAAACGUUCUCUACCCAUUAGCAUACCCGAUUACAAUGUCAUCAAUCGGAAAGGCGAACGCUUUGUGACAUUCAACAUUCACAUGGCCGGUCGUCAGUUGUGUUCACGUCGCUAUAGAGAAUUUUCCAAUUUACAUAUGCUGCUGAAGCGGGAAUUCAAUGGAUUCAAUUUUCCGAAAUUUCCCGGCAAAUGGCCAUUUCAACUGUCCGAACAGCAAUUGGAUGCUAGACGACGCGGCCUGGAACAAUAUUUGGAAAAAGUUUGUGCGGUUCGGGUAAUAGCCGAAAGUGAUGCUGUACAAGAGUUUUUGACCGAUUCCGAAGAUGAUGUGUCAUCGUCACCUGUUGAUAUUAAAGUCAUGUUGCCGGACCACGAAGUGGUAACGGUUUCUGUACGAAAAUCUGCCAAAGCUCAAGCCGUUUGGGAUCUUAUAGUGCAACGAGCCAACUUAACCUCGUACACUCAGCAAUAUUUUUAUUUAUUUGAAAUAGUGGAGUAUAACUUCGAGAGAAAACUGCAACCAGAUGAAAUACCCCAUCAAUUGUACGUGCAAAAUUACAGUACCGCAUCGAGUACUUGUCUAUGUGUUCGACGGUGGCUGUUCUCCAUUGACCGUGAAUUAACGUUGCCAUCCGGUGAACAAGCAGCGAAAUUUAUAUUUUAUCAGUCCGUGGAUGAAGUAAACCGUGGCAAUAUCCGAGCAGAUGGAAGACUGUACGAACUGAAAGCAUUACAGGACGCAAAGAAAGCAUCAGAGUAUCUGACAUUAGCCCGAACAUUACCGGGUUACGGCGAUGUGGUGUUUCCCCAUUGUGGAUGUGAUAGUCGCAAGGAGGGUCAUGUCAUACCAGCUGUUGGAAUGAAAAGUUUUCGAUUGCACGCAUGCCGUGAGGACGGAAAUCUCGAAGCUCAAACCGUUGAAUUGACAUGGGACACAAUCACCGAGUGGGAAAGUGAUGAAGAAUCGAUGGCAUUCUGUUUUCAAUAUAGUCGCAACGAUAAACCAUCCAGAUGGGUUAAAGUUUACACGCCAUAUCAUUCAUAUCUAGCUGAUUGUUUCGAUAGAAUAAUGGAAGAGAGAAAAUGGAACGACUCCGGUGAUUAGCGCGAUGUGUUUCUACGCUGUACCUAAACAAAGGAAAUUUCUCUUUGUUCGAGCAUAAUUAUGUGAAGAAUCGAUCAUCAUAAUCGUAGGCAAACCACCACUGAUAUUUGUUAAGUGAAUUUAUG